AUCGGUUACAAAGAGGGAUACAACAUGAGAAAACAAAUCAAGAAAGAACAACCUCAACAUCUAGAGGAACACACAAACCAACGAGGGGAAGAUCAGAACAAGAGAAAGCCAAGCAUGAUCCAACUAGACAAGGGCAUUCUAUUCUUGAACCGCAAACCAAAGCAUCUGAAUCACUCUUUGCAACCUCAUUUAUCAGAAAAACUCAAAGGAAAGCUUCAGCUCAUCCAAUACAGCAAUGACCAUGAUGAUUGAACAUUGCAACACCAUAUGCCGCCUCCUGGGAGUUGUUCGAAGACGACCCAUCACAGUGAAUCACCGAGGAGAUUACAUGGCGGUGGGCAGCGCUAUACAGGAUUGUUCAGAGCUGAAACAAAGAGAGGGAGCCGGCAGCGGAAGCAUCCACGACAAACCAGAGAGCAGGGAACACAAAGGGUUGAAAUGCCCACAAAAACCACAAGAAAGAAGACCCACCAGCAUGAGCCUCACCUGCAGAAACACAAAGCCAAAAAGAGUUCCAAGAACAGGAACACCAACAAGCAGCACAACCCAAUCCAUCAACAACAACCCACACCCACACUGCAAAUCAACCCAAAAGAAGAACUCUGAUCUCAUAGAAACAUGGACCAUCCGCCACGACAAUCGGAAGAGACACCGCCACCCACACUGACGAUUGGCAAAGAUGCAGAGAUCAAGCAAGGAGCACAACAGCAGAGGCGCAACAGUGAACGUGAUCGCCCACGGGAACGACCACACCAAGAAGGAGGAAAUCUUCAAACCGAACCAGCAGAAGCACCCCCAAAUUGCAUCUUCCGUACCCAAAACAGAGGAACAGAUCUAGAAAACUAGAUCUGAACAAGACACAACAUCUCCACCAGGGAGGAAAGUGGGAGGAACCACUAAGGAACCGAGACAAAGCCACCAAGGGCUGGAAGAGCCAUCGAGGGCUGGAAAAUCAGAAUAGAUCUGCAAAAGCCGAGAAGGGCAAAGGAAACAGGAAAAGCCAGCACUGAUCGGAGAGCAAGGAAACCACAAAGGAAAUCCGGCGAGCAAGAGAAAGGAAGAAAAAAGAGAGAAUUUGGGCCACAGCCGGUCACCAGAGUGGUGUCGGCAGCAGCCCUGUGAAGAAGAUGAUGGAAAGCUAGAGAGAAGGUGGAGGUUUUGCGUGGAAAGAAUCCCUAAGUUUCGUUUCUUCUUUUUUGUGUAUUGGUAAUGAUAAGAAGAGAAGGAAGUGGGAGGUUUUUUGGUUCACUUUACUGUCUGUGUUUAGGCUUAAGAAGAAAAUGAAAAAAGUAGGGAAUUGUGUUGUCUUUGUUUGAAGAAAAAGGGAAGUAGAAGAAGAAUAAGAACAAAUGUCUAGUUUUUCA